AUGGAUCGAUUAGAUGUUCUUGGUGACAAACUUCUAUGCAGCGAGUUCAAAAACUAUGCGCUGAGCCGUCUCUACGGCCAGCACAUAGCUACAUCUUUCGGCAGGGCCGUGCCCUGCAAUGACGUGCAGUACGCUUGGGACAACACUGCACCAGCUGCAAAGUUAAGACAGUUCUACGUGGACUUUGUCAUACAAUACUUUGAAAAUCCAAGAAAACUGUCCGGUACCAUAGGAGACUGGGACACACUUCUCCAAAACCAUCCAGAUAUUCGUAUGCUUCUGCUUCAAAACUUCAGGCAUGAUCCUUCAAAGCGGACUCAAAUUAAAGAUCUUAGGGAGUAUCUAGAGUUAGAUGAGCCUCAUCUCAAUCCGAAACUGGAAACAAGACUUACCCAAUUGAUUACGAGGCAAAAACUGGAUGAGGCUCGGGGCUCCAGCUUUAGCAGCAAAGCCGAAAGGGGGCAAAUCGAGAGCUCUCUUGGAACCACGGAUGCAUUAUGUGCGGAGGCUGAAGUAAUCCCUGCAGCAGGAAUAGGCAGACAGAAGGGUACGCUGGAACCACUUGCUCUAGAAGAAAGGAAAGGCAUUUCAAAGAAGGAGAAAAAGAAGGAGAAGAAGAGUAAGGAGGACGAGAGGAAGGCUAAGCUAGAAAUUCGCGAGGAAGAGACGGCUUCAGGCACCAGUGCCAAGGCCUCCGAGGUUGAGUAG